AUGGAGCCCAAUUCUACAGCGGGAGGGGCUGAGGAAGAGCACCAUGGAAACUACUCACCAAAUCCAUCUGCAGAGGCGCCGCCUGGAAAGCACGCAGUGUCAGAGGCCUUGGAAGAGGUGCAGGAGGAGUUGAUAGAACAUCAACCUCUGGAGCAGGAAGACCUGAACUUUGAGAAAUGGAAGCCCAAGCCCAAACCUAAGAGAACGCUCCACGAGAAAGCAGGCGAUGUGAAGACAUAUCUAUGGAACGCAGAGACCAGAGAGUUCAUGGGCCGCACUGGGCAUAGCUGGUUUCUGAUCAUCCUCUUCUACACGGCACUGUAUGCAUUCCUGGCGGCCAUGUUUGGUGCCUGUAUGUGGUGCCUCAUGCUGUCUAUCAGCCCCUACCAUCCAACCCACAACGACAGGGUGAUGCCACCAGGUAUGACGAUGUCCCCACAACUGGAUGGGCACUAUGAGAUCGCCUUCAAUGCAUCCGACCGCAAGUCUUGGAAGAAGUAUGCAAAGCUAAUGGAAGAACAGCUAAGACCAUACAAUGACGCCGUACAGGAGCAGAGGAACAUCCAGUGUCCGCAGGACGUGUACUUCAUGCAGGAUGAACAAGGGGAAAGCGCAGAGAGGAAGGCGUGCCAGUUCAAGAGGUCCUGGCUGGGCGAGUGCUCGGGGCUCCAGGACCCCCACUUUGGAUUCUCCCAGGGGAAACCCUGCAUCCUCCUCCGAAUGAACCGGAUACUGGGCUAUUUACCUGGCCAAGGCACUCCCGUAAACGUGACCUGUGGAGUCAAGAAAGGUGCGCCAGAAAGCUUAGGAGAACUUCAGUUCUUCCCAAAAAGCAUUUUCAACCUGAUGUACUACCCUUACUAUGGGAAGCUGAGACAUGUAAACUACACAGCGCCGGUGGUGGCCGUGCGUUUCAAUGGGCUGCAGUACGACACCCACAUUGUUGUAAAAUGCAAACUCAAUGGCAAGGGCAUCAUCAAUGAUUCGCCUACCGAUCGCUUCCUAGGCAGUGUGUCCUUCUCCUUCGAUGUGGGCGCAUAG